ACUUACCAAGGGUCAGCUUCACGGGAGCAGCCCAGGCUCCAUCCUCUGGGCCCUCACCUCCAGCCAGCGAGCCAGAAGGCCCCCCAGGCGGCCCACAGCAUGAUCUCCAUCAGCGAGGGCCAGAAGAUUGGCGUCGGCAUCACCGGCUUUGGUGUCUUCUUCAUCCUUUUUGGGAUACUCCUGUACUUUGAUUCCGUGCUCCUGGCAUUUGGAAACCUGCUGUUCCUGACCGGCCUCUCCUUCAUCAUCGGCCUGAGGAGGACAUUCUCCUUCUUCUUCCAGCGGCACAAGCUCAAGGGCACCAGCUUCUUCCUGGGCGGCGUCGCCAUCGUGCUCCUGCGCUGGCCCCUCCUGGGCAUGCUCCUGGAAACCUAUGGAUUCUUCAGUCUCUUCAAGGGCUUUUUUCCUGUGGCCUUUGGCUUUCUGAGCAACUCGUCCAACAUCCCUUUCUUGAGUGCGCUGUUCCGGAGGCUUCAAGGCACCAGCUCAAUGGUCUGAACCUCAGAGAUGAGCUCCUUGAACUUGGAUCAUUGAUUAAGUGGGCUAGAAGGAAACCGGAGGCCAUUCCGAAGGCCCCCACCCAGCGCGGAUUCACUCCCCAUCAGAGCCAGGCCUCCCCAAGUCCUGAAGCAAGGAUGGUGCUGUGUGAGUUCAAACCUCCGAGUCAACUCAAAAGGCCCCCAGGACAGGUGGAAGCAGAGACCACAGCUCACAGAGACCUGACUGGGCGGGCAGCACAUUCCUCCUUGUAUGAGUGGAGGGGAACGUGAAGAUUAAAUCCUCCAGCUGUGAGAGUGUCUCAGCCUCGAAGUUAGUGUUCCCCACCCAGAAAGUCCACACCAGGCCUCUAGGGGUAGCCCAAGGCCACGUACCCCAAGUCCACACAGCCGAUGAUGCAUCAAGAUCAGCAAGCACUCCUCUCUGUGAUUUUUCUCCCGGUGUUUAAUAAUCCCAGCAAGUGAUGUGGGAUGUUCGCGAGCCCCAGCAUCAGGAAACAUCCGGCAGGUGACGGGCCCCAAUCCAUGUACUGUCAGAGCCGGUCGCUCUGCAGAGCACCCUCCGUACCCUCAUGGGGUACAGAGACCAGCCCUGUCUUCAAGCAGCCCAGUCUGAUCAAGGGCAGUCUCUCGCAAAGCAGCACUUAGCGAGUAUCCACGGUGUGUACCUGGCAUGGGAGCGAGUGUCCAGGGGACAAGGGGAAGGCCUUGCCCGGCCAGCACAAUUACAUCAUGGCGGAAGGAGGGGCUGGACUUGGGAUCCCUUUAGAUGCACUGCCACCUUGAAGUCACUUACCUGCACUCCAGCACAUCCACUCUACAGGGCCACCAUUUAUUCUCUUCCUCCCCCCUCCCCUUCUCUCUCUGCUCUGUCUCUCCCUCUCUUAGCACUGGAGAUUAAACUCAGUGACACUGUAA